UGUAGGUAUCUUUAUUUUUUUCGAGAUAAGCUUAUCAUUAUUUAAAUUUCAUUUCGUUUCGAUAAGUACAAGUUAGUAUAAAACACACAUUUGAUGUUUUAUUCUCAGUAGUAAUAAAGGUUGAUGUGUGAAGUCGUGUGAACCUGUGAAGUAAUCGUCUAAAAAAAGAAAUGACCGUUUUCUUAGGUUGCGGAUUCGAAACGACUUUACGUAGUCGUAUAGGCCAAUUUGAUGGAAACCCAUUGUGGGCUUCGGCCUGUCUUCUAUCAGAUCCCAAAGUAAUCGUCGACGCGUAUCGCGAUUUCAUCAAAGCCGGUGUCGAUGUUUUGGUUACCGAUACGUAUCAAGCAAGUUUGCAAGGGUUCGAGACACAUUUGGGUUUGGAUGAACAACAAGCUCGUGAUUUGUUCAAGAAAUCUGUCUCACUGUGUAAGGAAGCCAUCCAGAUCGAAAAGGAUUCGGGAACGAUCGAUAAAAAUAAAGAAAUCUUGAUCAUGGGCUCAACUGGCAGUUACGGAGCUAUCUUAGCCGAUGGUUCGGAGUAUACUGGAGAUUUUAUACUGAAAUACCCCAUCGAGCAUAUCAGAGAUUUCCAAAGAACCCAGAUUCAAAUCAGAAGCGAAUCCGGAUGCGAUUUAAUCGGCCUUUUCACCAUCGCAACGUCCGAAGAAGCGUUCAUGUUGGCUGAGCUGCUCAAAGAGUUCCCCAAUGUGAAAGCUAUUCUCACUUUCAGCGUUAAAGAUGGAGAAUAUUUAAGCGGAGGAGAAAAGUUCGAAGAAGUUGCAUCCAAGUGCUGGUCAUUGAAUCCUGCUCAAUUAUUAGCUGUAGGUGUGAAUUGCGCGAAACCUAGUUACAUCGAUAGCCUAUUCGCACCACUGAAGGGUAAAAUUCCAUUAUGCGCGAUUACUCUUACCGAAGAGAACUGGGAUCAUGAGAAAAAUCAAUGGAUACCUUUGGAUGAAGAUUACCUACCGUUCGUCUACAAAUGGUCUCAAAUUGGAGUUCAAUACAUCGGAGGAGGCUGUCAAACUAGUUACUCUUCGAUUCAGAAAAUCGCCAAGAUGAUUAAAGGCUCCGACGUAUGAAUGAAGUCGAAAUUCACUACCGGAGGUAUGAUUCAGAUUCCAGUAUCGAAGUUUUGAAAAAACACAUCGUGUCGAUGGGAAUGAAAUUUUCUCAUUUUUGCAUCAUUUUCCUUAAGUAUACCUACAUGACGAGAUGUUUCAUUUACAUAUAUAAGGGCAAUUUAUCAAAAUAAAACAAGACUAUUUCAACCAACAAA